AUGCAUCUUCAAUUAGUUGCUUUAUUAGUCGUAUGUGUUGCAGCUAACUAUGUACAAGCAUCAGAGGAUAUUACAACUGUUGAUGAUUCCGUAGCAGCAGUAGUAGAAACUACUAUAUCAAGUAUUGAUAGCGCUCCAGUAACAGCUGCUGCUGAAUCAAAAGAUAGCGACGAUACUAGCAAAGAAGUUGACCAUCACGAGAAAAAAUUUGGUCAUGGUCAUAAAGAACAUCAUGAACACGAUGCAACUAUUACUAUUGAUGUCCAUAAUAUUAUGGAUUUAUUCAAGGAACAAUUAAAAGAAUCUGAACAACGUAUUAUUGCUGCUGUUGGGAAACAUGAUAGUUCAUCAUCAUCAUCAUCAUCCUCGUCAAAAGAAUCCUAUCGCACAGCUGAUCGUCAUGCUAAAAAACAAGAUACAAAGAAGAAAGAUGACGAUGAUAAUGAUGAUUAA